GGGAGCAUGGAGAGAGGGGCGAUGCUGGCCGUGUCCGCGGCUCUGCUGUGGGGCUGCUGCUGCGUGGUUAAAGCCAUCCACAGGACCGACCUCUUCCCCUUCGGACCUUUAAACGGGGACUCGGCUCUGGAGGAGGGCGACGAUGAGACGUCCAAGGUGCUGUCCCUGCCCAGACCCCUGACCUUCUAUGACACCCGCUUCUUCCAGCUCUACGUGGCCACCAACGGCCUGCUCUCGGCCCAGGACCUGCCCAUGGAGAAGCAGUACGUGGACGACGGCUUCCCCACCGACUUCCCGGCCGUGGCCCCCUUCCUGGCCGACAUCGACACCAGCGGGGGCCGAGGACGCAUCUACUACCGGGUGACGGAGACGCCCGGCGUCCUCACCCGGGUGGCGCAGGAGGUUCAUCGAGGGUUCCCGGAUGCAAAGUUCACGCCGACGCACGCCGUGGUGGCAACGUGGGACAACGUGGCUGCGUACGACGCCCAGAGUGGGGGGGCUGCGUCUCCAGACAAGGUGAAUACGUUCCAGGCAGUGAUCGGCUACGACGAGACGGAUUCCUACGUUCUCUUCCUGUACCCUGAAGGUGGUCUGAACUUCUUUGGGACGCCGCCGAAGGAGUCAUACAAUGUUGAGAUUGAGCUUCCUGCUAGAGUUGGCUUCAGUCGGGGAGAAAUUACGUAUUUAAUCUUCUCCCGGACCGAGGGACCUCACUACAGUGUUACCAGCAACGAACAGAGUGUUAGAAACCUGUACCAGGUCGGUAAUACUGGGAUUCCCGGUAUUUGGCUUUUCCAUACUGGAAACCGUUACUCUUUCGACAACAUCGUUCCUGCUUCCGUUGGUGGCCUCCUUGCUACGUCACCUCCUGGAGGACGCAACAUGGACACCACCCCUCACGCCGGGUUCAACGGUUAUCCGGGAAACUCCUUCGACCCUGAGACGCAGGAAGAGGGCGGCUACACCUUAACGGGCAGGGAGCCUGAAUACCAGCCGGCGCCUGGCGGCAGCGACCGGCCCAGGGAUCUGGGCACGCCGCCGCCCUCAGAGGACUCUGCCCGUCAGCUGUUGUACCGCAGCGAAGAUGUGCCCCUGACCUCCGAACCCAGACAUGGGCCGGAACCGGCCAAUCGGCUGCAUGUUCUGCAGACGGUGUUGAGAGGAGGCGUUCAGCGCCAGGAACAGCAACCACAGCUUCCUCUGGAGGAUUUGGAUGUGUACCCCCCCAUCAGAAAUGAAUCCCCUCAUUCCCCCGGGGGCCAUGUGGUCCGCGUGGAUGAAGACGACGGGGAUUUGGACACUGGAGUGAUUCAGUACACCACCGAGAACAAGGAGACGUGUGCCAGAUUCCAGCAGGAGUGCUCCCAGAAUGCAUUUUGCUCCGACUACGUCACGGGAUUUUGCUGUCACUGCCGUCCUGGUUUCUAUGGAAACGGCCGCCACUGUCUGCCCGAAGGUGCGCCCCAGCGCGUUAGCGGGAAGGUGAGCGGAACGGUGACUGUGGGAUCGACGCCAGUGGAGCUGAAUGACAUUGACCUUCACGCCUACAUCGUGGUGGGAGACGGGAGAGCGUACACCGCCAUCAGCGAGGUACCAGAGACGCUGGGCUGGGCCCUGAUGCCGGUAGCACCCAUAGGAGAACUGUUCGGGUGGCUGUUUGCUCUGGAGCUCCCCAACAGCCAAGCGGGAUUCAGAGUGGCAGGUGCUGAGUUCGUCCGUCACGCAGAGGUGCUGUUCUACCCGGGAAACACAGCGCCUGUCCAUCCUGCAGACGGGCCGCGCCUGGACGACGAGCACCACCACCUCAGCGUCGACACCACAGUCAGCGGGACUGUGCCAUCCAUCCCCCCGGGAGCCGAGGUGCACAUGGAGCCCUUCAGGGACGUCUACCAGUACUACCCCUCCGUCGUCACCUCAACGUCGGUCAGGGAGUUUUCGGUGGUCUCGGCCGAGCGAGGCUCGGAGUCCUUCACCUUCCACCUGAUGCAGAACAUCAGCUACCGCGACUGCCGCCACGACAUCCGCGCCACGGCCCCCGAGACGCUGCAGAUCACCAUGGAGAGGGUGUUUGUGAUGUACGUCAAGGAGGAGCGGAUCCUGAGAUACGCCAUCACCAACAAGAUCAGCCCGGCUGGCGUUGAGCCUCCGGGGCCUGAGCUGGUCAACCCCUGCUACGCCGGGAACCACGACUGUGACACCACAGCGCAGUGCGUCCCACUGGAGGGCCAGGCCUUCCAGUGCAAGUGUGCCACUGGCUACAGCGGAGAUGGACACAACUGUUAUGACGUGGACGAGUGUGCUGAGGGCCCGGGCCCCUGCGGGGACCAUUCCCAGUGUGUGAACCUCCCCGGCAGCCACCGCUGUCAGUGCCACGGUGGCUUCCAGUUCAGCCAUGACAGGCGUUCCUGCGUCGACGUGGAUGAGUGCAGCUCCUCCCCGUGCCACGUCAACGGCAGAUGUGUUAAUGAACCUGGAACCUUCCGGUGUCGGUGUCAGCCCGGCUUUCAUGGGGACGGAUUCUCCUGCUCUCAGCAGGAAGAUGAACCACAACGGUCUAAAACCCACUGUGAGUACCUCAGAGACCGAGCAGGGAACAGCGGCCCAGCGGGCGCGUACGUUCCUCAGUGCGACGCUGAAGGACAGUUCGCGCCGCUGCAGUGCCACGGCUCCACUGGACACUGCUGGUGCGUGGACAGUAGGGGACAGGAAAGAGCAGGAACCAGGACUCCACCUGGUACCGCCCCCACAGACUGCAGCCAACCAGAACGUCCUAAAAGUCCCUGUGAGCACCACAGAGACGGUGUGGAGACCACCAGUCCAGAGGGGUUCCCUGUACUUGGAGCCUACGUUCCCCAGUGUGAUGAAAACGGAGCGUACUCACCACAGCAGUGUCACGGCUCUACUGGACACUGCUGGUGUGUGGACAGUAGGGGACAAGAGAGACCAGGAACCAGGACUCCACCUGGUUCUCCAUCUGUGGACUGUGACAGACCAGAUGAACCACAGCGUCCUAAGACUCACUGUCAGCACCACAGAGACCGUGUCCACAGCAGCAGUCCAGAUGGACGUCCUGUAGCUGGAGCCUACGUACCAGAGUGUGAUGAAAAGGGACAAUAUCGACCACGGCAGUGUCACGGCUCUACUGGAUACUGCUGGUGUGUGGACAGUAGAGGAGAAGAGAGACCAGGAACCAGGACUCCACCUGGUUCUCCAUCUGUGGACUGUGACAGACCAGAUGAACCACAGCGUCCUAAGACUCACUGUCAGCACCACAGGGACCGUGUCCACAGCAGCAGUCCAGAUGGACGUCCUGUAGCUGGAGCCUACGUACCAGAGUGUGAUGAAAACGGACAAUAUCGACCACGGCAGUGUCACGGCUCUACUGGAUACUGCUGGUGUGUGGACAGUCGAGGAGAAGAGAGAGCAGGAACCAGGACUCCACCUGGUUCUCCAUCUGUGGACUGUGACAGACCAGAACGUCCUAAAAGUCCCUGUGAGCACCACAGAGACGGUGUGGAGACCACCAGUCCAGAGGGGUUCCCUGUACUUGGAGCCUACGUUCCCCAGUGUGAUGAAAACGGAGCGUACUCACCACAGCAGUGUCACGGCUCUACUGGACACUGCUGGUGUGUGGACAGUAGGGGACAAGAGAGACCAGGAACCAGGACUCCACCUGGUUCUCCAUCUGUGGACUGUGACAGACCAGAUGAACCACAGCGUCCUAAGACUCACUGUCAGCACCACAGAGACCGUGUCCACAGCAGCAGUCCAGAUGGACGUCCUGUAGCUGGAGCCUACGUACCAGAGUGUGAUGAAAACGGACAAUAUCGACCACGGCAGUGUCACGGCUCUACUGGAUACUGCUGGUGUGUGGACAGUAGAGGAGAAGAGAGACCAGGAACCAGGACUCCACCUGGUUCUCCAUCUGUGGACUGUGACAGACCAGAUGAACCACAGCGUCCUAAGACUCACUGUCAGCACCAUAGAGACCGUGUCCACAGCAGCAGUCCAGAUGGACGUCCUGUAGCUGGAGCCUACGUACCAGAGUGUGAUGAAAACGGACAAUAUCGACCACGGCAGUGUCACGGCUCUACUGGAUACUGCUGGUGUGUGGACAGUCGAGGAGAAGAGAGACCAGGAACCAGGACGCCACCUGGUUCUCCAUCUGUGGACUGUGACAGAGCAGAUGAACCACAGCGUCCUAAGACUCACUGUCAGCACCACAGAGACCGUGUCCACAGCAGCAGUCCAGAUGGACGUCCUGUAGCUGGAGCCUACGUACCAGAGUGUGAUGAAAACGGACAAUAUCGACCACGGCAGUGUCAUGGCUCUACUGGACACUGCUGGUGUGUGGACAGUAGAGGAGAAGAGAGACCAGGAACCAGGACUCCACCUGGUUCUCCAUCUGUGGACUGUGACAGACCAGAUGAACCACAGCGUCCUAAGACUCACUGUCAGCACCACAGAGACCGUGUCCACAGCAGCAGUCCAGAUGGACGUCCUGUAGCUGGAGCCUACGUACCAGAGUGUGAUGAAAACGGACAAUAUCGACCACGGCAGUGUCACGGCUCUACUGGAUACUGCUGGUGUGUGGACAGUAGAGGAGAAGAGAGACCAGGAACCAGGACUCCACCUGGUUCUCCAUCUGUGGACUGUGACAGACCAGAGGAACCAGAGCGUCCAAAAACUCACUGUGAGCGGCACAGAGACCGAGCGCAGAGCAGCAGUUCAGAGGGGAAUCCCAUCGUCGGGCUCUUUGUGCCCCAGUGUGACGCUGAAGGACAGUACUCCCAACUUCAGUGUCAUGGUUCCUCUGGACACUGUUGGUGCGUUGACCAGGAUGGACAGGAGCGAGCAGGAACCAGGACGCCACCUGGGACACAACCCAAGGACUGCGACCAACCCGAGCGUCCUAGGACGGAGUGUGAGCAGCAGAGAGCCGGACUCCGGACCUCGGGUUCCGUGGCGGGAGGGUUGGUUCCUCGCUGUGAUGCAGAAGGACAGUAUCUACCUCAGCAGUGCGGCGGCUCCGAUGGUCCUUGCUGGUGUGUGGACAGCAGUGGGAAGGAGAGAGCAGGAACCAGGACUCCACCUGGCACCACGCCUGUCGACUGUGACCGAGAAGCCGCCUCCAACACCCGUCCCGAGUCCAUCUGCGAGCAGUGGAGGGCCACCCUGAUCGAGCACUACGGCGGGGAGCCGGGGCCCCAGCAGUACCUGCCACAGUGCGAGCCGGACGGACAUUUCAGUCCAGUCCAGUGUUACGGCGAGACCCCUUACUGCUGGUGUGUGGACCAGGAUGGACGGGAGAUUCCUGGGACCCGGUCCUACGACGUGGUCAAACCUGCAUGCCUGUCAUCGGUGGCCCCGCCCACUGUGCGUCCGUUGCCCCGCCCAGACGUGACCCCUCCACCCAACACUGACGUCACGCUGCUGUACGCUCAGGGACAGAAAAUCGGAGCGCUCCCUCUGAACGGGACCAAAAUGGACGGGAGCGGGUCCAAAACGCUGCUGACUCUGCACGGCUCCAUCGUGGUCGGUCUGGCCUACGACUGCAAGGAGAACCACGUGUACUGGACGGAUCUGUCCGCCAGGACCAUCAACCGAGCCCCCAUGAGAACCGGAGCCGAGCCCGAGAUCCUCAUCAACACCAACGUCGUCAGCCCUGAGGGGCUAGCCGUGGACGUGCGGCGCCGGCUGAUGUUCUGGGUGGACUCGGCGCCCGACGUCAUCGAGGUGGCCAACCUGGACGGCAGCGGGAGGAGGACGCUGUUCAACACGGACCUGGUCAACCCCCGCUCCAUCAUCGUGGUGUCCUCUACGGGGACUCUGUACUGGACCGACUGGAACCGGGAGGCUCCCAAGAUCGAGAGCGCGUCGGUGGACGGGCGGGACCGCAGGGUGGUGGUGUCUGACGGGAUCGGGCUGCCCAACGCGCUGACCCACGACUCGUCCUCGGGCCAGGUCUGCUGGGCCGACGCAGGUACCAAGCGUCUGGAGUGCGUCUCCCCGGACGGGUCGGACCGCAGGGUGAUCCACUCCGGCCUCAACUACCCCUUCAGCAUGGUGCACCACGGGAACCACUUCUACUACACUGACUGGAGGAGGGACGGCGUGGUGGCCGUCAACAAGGACAGCAGUAGGAUCACUGACGAGUACCUGCCCGAGCAGCGCUCCCACCUGUACGGCAUCGCCAUAGCAACCAGCCACUGUCUACCAGGGAGCCACUAACCCGGACCCCCAGGUCCCCCCGGUGCUACGGUCCUGGGAGCGACCCGGACAUGGGAGAGACCCGGCCCAGCAGGACGGCCGUCGGGGGACCAGAACCACCCCGACCCCUCUCACCUCCAGCUUAUAACCCAAAGUAAAUGUGUUUGUAAAUUUGUCUCAUACCUCAUUUUUUCUACUGUAUUUUUGUAUUUGUGAGUUGUUUUGCUUUUUUAUUGAUUAGCGCUACAUCAUCAGUUUUUUUUGUACGCUUGUUUUUAUUUUUAAAGAAGACAAUUAUGACCUUUUUCUUUUAAUCAAAUUCACGCAACAUCCUGAAGUCUUGCUAGAGUAUCUGUGCAGUCCUAAACAAAGGGACUGGGUUGCAUCUUGUGUUUUUUUUUUUUAUUUGGUAUCCACUUCAGACAAUCAGAUAUAUACGGAAGAGUAUUAGGGCCAGGCAGGAGAAAAAUAAAAAUAUUUUAGAGGAGGAAGAUUUUUUUCCCAUUAUGCAUUUCGAGGAAAAAGUCGAAACGUCAAGAAAAAAGUCAAAAUGUCGAGAUUAAUGUUGAAAUACAAUUUCAAGAAAAAAAGUCAAAAUUUCGUGAAUAAAGUCGAAAUGUUGAGAAAACAGGCAAAAUUUCAACUUUAUUCUUGAAAUUGUAUUUCAACAUUAAUCUCGACAUUUUUGAAGUGCACAAUAAAAAAAAAAUCUUAUACGGUAAUAAAAAAUAAAAAAAAUUUCUCCUGCAUGGCCCUAAUACUCUUCCGUAGAUAUAUCCUCAAGCUGUGUUUUUAAAUAAACUAUGAACCCUUUAAGGCCAAAAAACAGUGACACAAAGCUUUUCAAAGUUCUGCUAUGAAUAUGAACAUCAGGGUUUUAGUUUUCCAGUCUAGCUUUCAUUAGUUUCUUGGUUCAGGUGCUAGUCGACAACUUUGGGGCAACUCAUUUGUCUUUUACCGAGAGCUGGAUGAAGAUGCCUGACUGGGACGAAGCCAGAGUCAGAUCUUAGCAGCAACGGGAAAAAGAAAGAAAAAAAAAAAAAAAAAGAUAGCUAGCAGCAGAGUAUUAGGGCCAGGCGGGAGAAAAAUAAAAAUAUUUUAGAUUAUGCACUUCGAGAAAAAAGUAGAAAUGUCGAGAUUAAUGUUUCAAGAAAAAAAGUCAAAAUGUUGAGGAAAAAAAGGCAAAAUUUCGACUUUGUUCUUGAAAUUGUAUUCCAACAAUAAUCUCGACAUUGCGACUUUUUUCUUGAUGUGCACAACAAAAAACCUUCCCCUCUCAAAUAUUUUUUCUCCUACAUGGCCCUAAUACUCUUCCGUAGUCGUGCCUCCAGAAAUCCUACUGGUUGUUUUCCUGCUCCAGCUCUCCAAUAAGGAACCUUCAAUCCUCAUCUACAAGCACAAGUAUUACAAAGAGACAAUCACUUCCUGUUAAAGGUUUUUGCAUCUCAAGACUCGAAACCUGGAUUCAACUCAUUUCUCUGGAUUAAACCCGGCGAUUGUGACGUUAGUCGCCUGGUGACUGUCAGAUUUCCCCUCCGAUUUCUCUGCACUAAUCUAUAUUUUUACAUCCAAACAUUGGGGUAUUUUACUAAAUAUUUUUGACUAUAUUUCAAAUCUUUUGUUUUUCUGUCAAUGAGAAGUGAUAUUUAUAACAAUAAA